UAAAACCCCCUAUUAGUUCCCUGCAAUCAAGCGUAUUACAAAACAGAGAGAGCUUGGAACGAUCGAGAAACCAGAGAAAAAAUGAAGCAGAUCUUCGUGAAAACUCUGACGGAGAAGACGUUAGUUCUGGAGGUCGAGAGUAGCUACACCAUUGACGAUGUCAAGGCUAAAAUCCAAGACAAGGAAGGAAUUUCAUGUGAGGAGCAGCAGUUGAUGUUUGCUGGGAAACAACUUGAAGAUGGAAGAACCUUGGCUCACUACAACAUCGAAAAAGAAGCAACGCUUCAUCUUGUGCUGAGCCUGAGAGGGGGAGGACGCCGAAUCAUUAAUAGGCGAUGUUGGGGCUGGGCCGUUUACAAAGUGGAGCCAUCACUGAAGGCUUUGGCUUACAAACACAAUCUGGACAAGAUGAUUUGCUGCAAAUGUUACGCUCGUCUACCCCCAAGAGCCACGAAUUGCCGGAAGAAGAAAUGUGGUCAUAGCAGUCAGUUGAGACCUAGGAAGUAGGUGCAUGUCAAAGUACACUUUGGUAAAGAUCGACUUGGGAGGAGUAUACAUAAAGUAGUUGAUGUGUAUACACUGCUAUUUUGUCUCUCUUAUGUAUUGUCUCCUUGUAUGGCAACAUGUGAAUGAACUCAAGUGGCUCUGUUGCUGGAUGAGUAAAAUGUAAUCCUUGGGUUCGAUUCUUACGUUACAGAUUAAUAAUAAUACUCCUUGAAUUGUUUUUUGAAACUGGAU